CGCCGCUCCCCGCGCCAGCCCGCUACCACCAACACUCUUGCCACUCCGCCGCCGCCAAGCCAACUGCCCAAGCCGCUGGCUUUACGUCAGAGGGAGAAAAUCAGCAGAGGAUGCGGAGGGAAGAAUGGAAUCUGAGGGGAGACCACUGAGGACUAAACAAGAUCACAUCUGGCCCCCUUGGACCUCUGUAAUGAGAGAAGAGAGGAGGCUGGGGCAAAAGUGUACAGGUGUGGGCACAGGCAGUUCCUCACUGUGGAAUCUGAUGGGCAAUGCCAUGGUGAUGACCCAGUAUAUCCGCCUUACCCCAGAUAUGCAAAGUAAACAGGGUGCUCUGUGGAACCGAGUGCCAUGUUUCCUGAGAGACUGGGAGUUGCAGGUGCACUUCAAAAUUCAUGGACAAGGGAAGAAAAAUCUGCAUGGGGAUGGCUUGGCAAUCUGGUACACAAAGGAUCGGAUGCGGCCAGGGCCUGUGUUUGGAAACAUGGACAAAUUUGUGGGGCUGGCAGUGUUUAUAGACACCUACCCCAAUGAGGAGAAGCAGCAAGAGGCCCAGAAGAGGCGAUAUUCUCCAGGAGUCCAGCGAGUAUUCCCUUACAUCUCAGCCAUGGUGAACAAUGGCUCCCUCAGCUAUGAUCAUGAGCGGGAUGGGCGGCCUACAGAGCUGGGGGGCUGUUCAGCCAUUGUCCGCAAUCUCCAUUAUGACACCUUCCUUGUGAUUCGCUAUGUCAAGAGGCAUUUGACGAUAAUGAUGGACAUCGAUGGCAAGCAUGAGUGGAGGGACUGCAUUGAAGUGCCUGGGGUCCGUCUGCCCCGGGGCUACUACUUUGGCACUUCCUCCAUCACUGGGGAUCUCUCGGAUAAUCAUGAUGUUAUUUCCCUGAAGUUGUUUGAGCUGACAGUAGAGAGAACCCCAGAAGAGGAGAAGCUGCAUCGAGAUGUGUUCUUGCCCUCAGUGGACAACAUGAAGCUGCCUGAGAUGACAGCCCCUCUGCCACUGCUGAGUGGCCUGGCCCUCUUCCUCAUCGUCUUUUUCUCUCUGGUGUUCUCUGUAUUUGCUAUCGUCAUUGGUAUCAUACUCUACAACAAAUGGCAGGAGCAGAGCCGGAAGCGUUUCUACUGAGGCUUGCUGCUGCAGUGGGAGCCAGUGCUGGCCUGAGCACACGGCCCAGGGGCUCUUCCCCAGCCGCCAACAGCUGGUCAGGGACUCUCCUGUCACUGCAGCUUUGAAUGCAGGGACACCGCAUUGCCAUGGCCAUCUGCAGGGUCAUCUAAGUCUGAUUCAGGAAGCCCACCCAGCUCAGGGCAGUGCUGCUCUGAUGUGCCUUUCCCCGCACCCCCUUCCCCUUGGGAGCUAAGAGGGCUGGAGAAAAUCUGUGCUGUUACAAUGCCAAAACCACAGAAAGGGAUUUCAUAGCCCAGACUGCCUUGUGGUCGGACUCAGAGGACCCUUUUACUCCAUUUUUAAAUCUGCAAAGAAGAGAACACUGGUAACUACUCAUAUCUUCUAGCCAUCCGGUCACUGGUUUUUGCUUUUUGUCUUAAGUCUCUGUCCACCUGAGGAGCUUUCCUUGGAAAUCUGAAUGGAAACUUCUCCCUGCCUUCACCUUCCUCUCCCUCCAUUCAUUGUCCUCUCCAAAUGCAAGCUGAGCUGGAAAAGACUCUGUGGAUGCCUCUCUCUCUCUGUUGGCACCUGGGGCUGCAGAACAAAGUUCUGUUUCACAACCGUCACUAGGUGGCUGUAGGGAGAGGGCCUCCUGCUAACUCACUGCUUUGGCCUUUGCCCUUUAGUGUGGAUCUUGGUUCCACUGGUGUGUUUGUGACCUUCCCAGUUAGGUCACUUUAGACCUUCAGUCAAGUUUGGCCUGUAAAUUGGUGUACAAGUCAAGAGAAGCUUGGAAGAUGCCACAGAUGCAGUGGGAUUAACUGUGAAACUGACCAGCUCCACGUUUUGACAUCAGGAGCAACAUUUACUAUGUGAUCUGACCAUGUGGAUGUGUUUCUGGACUUUCUGGUGCCUGUUUAACUGCAUGUUUUGUAUUUAUCGUGAUUUUUGGAAUCCCGUUUUGAAUGUUCAAAAUAUGAAGAAGGUUUCUUCUUAUAUAGCCUUGGCUUGGAUACUGCCUGAAGAGGAAAAAACUUGGCUUCUUUCUCUUAAUAGAUAAGAAACAGUUGCUGUUCUUGUGUUGCAAAUCUGGGACAGUAGAAUCUCAUCACCUGUGCCUGGACAAGUUUCAUGGUCAUUGAGCAACAGAGCCUGAGUGUCAGCCCUUCUGUGGCUCAACCCUUAUUCCACUGCCUUAUCUGACAAAGGGUUACCUGCUGCUCACCUUCUGUACUGUGACUAAAUUGGCUAACAGGCAAGAGUCUCCCUGGAAGGCCUGGAACUCUGAGCUUCCCUAGCUAUGUACCUCUAUAGGCUAAGGAAAUUCCUAAAAUGGCUAUGGAAACCAAAUGUGA